AUGCCUGACACACGCUCUCCGUGCGGCUGCGAGAUGCUCCACUGCUUCCUCUUCGCCGGUUACAUCGUCACCUUCGUGCUGGGCGUCCCGCUGAACGUCCUCGCCCUCUGCACCUUCUGCCGCAAAGUCUCCCGCAAAGCCACGCCCAUCGACGUCCUGCUCCUCAACCUCACCGUCUCCGACCUCAUCUUCCUCGCCUUCCUGCCCUUCAAGAUGAAGGAGGCCGUGGACGACAUGACGUGGCUGCUCCCCUUCUGGCUCUGCCCCUUCACCGGCUUCAUCUUCUACGUCACCAUCUACAACAGCACGCUCCUGCUCACCGGCGUGGCCGUGGAGCGGUAUUUAGGCGUGGCGUUCCCUCUCAGGUACUCUCUGUGUCGAAGGCCUCGCUACGCCGUCUGGGCUAGCGCCAUCUUCUGGCUGGUGUCGCUAACCAACCUUAGCAUCGUCUACAUCAUGCCCUCCAUCAACAACAGUAGCGUCCCCGCGUCCUGCUACUUGGAUUUCACCCCCAAAGAGUUGGAGGUGGUGCUCCCGGUCCGCCUCGAGCUCUUCCUGGUCCUCUUCUGCGUCCCCUUCGCCAUCUGCGCCUUCUGCUACAUCAACUUCAUCCUCAUCUUGUCGCGUUUGCCGAAUAUCAGCCGCCGUAAGCGCUUGAGGGCCAUGGGGCUGGCGCUGGGGACUCUGCUGGUUUUCGCCAUGUGUUUUGGGCCGUACAACGUUUCUCAUGUGGUGGGAUUUGCUCGAAGAGAGAGCGAGCGCUGGCGGCUCGUGGCGCUCCUGUGCAGCACCUUUAACGCCUGCUUCGACCCCAUCAUCUUCUACUUCUCGUCAGCGGCGGUGCGCGGCGUGUUGAAGAGGUGCUUCCAAACCGUCAUGGCCAAACUGCACAUCCUCAAGUGUCAGAAACCUGCCGUUCAUGUCGUGACCUAA